AUCCCUAACUCACACGUACACACAAUUUAUUUAGUCGUGAUUUCUAUUUUAUUUGUUUCAAAUUACAACCAAAAAGGAAACAAAUCGCGACCAAAAACCGCUGGCCACAAUGCCGAGUGCCUGUUCAACCGUGCGCGAGCAUUCCCUUUAAUCGGAAGCGAGCGCGUCCGCCGUUUUGAGCGUUUUCCGCGCGGGAGUGGGAGAUCGGAAAAUCCGCAGCAGGGCAAGCCAUCGGUCCGCAGCAAAAUAGGGAUAUAUAGGCUAUAGUAACGUAGUUCCGCACACUAUCAGGGGGCCAGCAUGGAGCGGCGCGUGAAGUUGAAGACGAUCAAUCCGCACAUCACGUGCAAGAUCUGCGGGGGCUACUUCAUCGAUGCCACCACGGUGACGGAGUGUCUGCACACAUUUUGCAAGAGUUGCCUGGUAAAGCACCUGGAGGAGAAGAAGACCUGCCCCACCUGCGACAACAUCAUCCACCAGUCCCAUCCCCUGCAAUACAUCAGCUUCGAUCGCACCAUGCAGGACAUUGUGUACAAACUGGUGCCGAAACUGCAAGAAGAUGAAUCGCGCCGGGAGCGGGACUUCUACAAGAGCAGGAACAUGCCGUGCCCCAAGGACAUCACGCAGAACCACGAGGAUGACAACGAGAAGGUGAUGGACGCCCACGCCGAGUCCGACUUCCAUCGCCUGGACGAGCAAGUGAACGUGUGCCUGGAGUGCAUUAGCAAUAACUUCAAGAACCUGCAGAGGCGCUUUAUUCGCUGCAGCUCGCAGGCGACGAUAACGCACCUCAAAAAGCUGGUGGCCAAGAAGAUCCUCAACGGCAUUGAAAAGUACAGAGAGAUCGACAUUCUGUGCAACGAGGAGCUGCUCGGCAAGGAUCACACGCUGAAGUUCGUCUACGUGACGCGCUGGCGCUUCCGGGAUCCGCCGCUGCGGCUGCAGUUUCGUCCACGGGUCGAGCUCUAACCACAGUUUUAGUAUAAUGCCACAACAAAUGAUCUAUUUUUAUAAUUUAUUGACAAAGCGUAAAUAUCGUAAUUAGGAGAGUCGCUAGUGUUAGUCCCCGAAA